ACUCUGAAACUGUCUGGUGCAGAAGGACAACCAAGCAACAGGUGUGCAUAUCUUUUAGCUUGGUCAGGCUCCAUACACAGACUUCUCUCUGCACACACAAGCUCUAACUUCAUUCCAAAUAACUCCAUCCGUCACAAAGGGUUGUCGCCUCCUUGCUGUUUCGGUUGUUUUGUGCCGUUUUGUUUGCUCGCUGACCGCUGGUUGAUUAUUGUAUCGGGUCCAUACGUGUUGGCUGUGGUUGUUCAACGUGUGUGUUGUGUGUUUUGACCAACUUGGCGGGCCGGCAUCAGGAUGAGCUCCACAGAAACCUCAGAGGCCGGCUAUGCAGGGAGCUACCUGCAGCGCUUCCAGAACUACCUGAAGGUCUCUGGAGAGCAGGUGGCCGUGUGCAGCUGUGUGACCAAAGUGCUGCCGGAGGAAUCCAAAAGAAUCGGCUCUGGUAAAAGUCAGCUGGAAGUCCUUGGGCUUGGCAGCGGGGGAGGGGAGAUCGAUGUCCACAUCCUGAAGACACUACAGUCGGUGCUCCCCUCUCUUCCCAUCAGCGCUGAGGUGGUUGAACCCAGUGCUGAUCUCACCAAGAACUUCCAAGAUCUAUUGGCGAAGACUCCAAGUCUCAAGGACGUCCCAUUUGAGUGGCAUACCACGACCACUGUAGAUUACGAGAAGAAAGUCACCGCGAAGAAGGACAUCAAGAAAUUUGACCUCAUACACAUGAUUCAGAUGCUAUAUUAUGUGGACGACUACGCCGCCACCCUGAAGUUCUUCCACAGCCUGCUGAAGACCAACGGCAGGAUUCUGAUUGUUCACGAAGCAGCCAACGGUGGGUGGGACAUCCUGUGGAAGACCUACCGGAAGACCCUCUGCACCAAUAGCAUCUCCGACUACCUCUCCGCCGGGGACGUCAAAGUGCACCUCAACAACUUGGGCCUCAAGUAUGAAGAGUUUGUCGUGCCCCACGCCUAUGACAUCACAGACUGUUUCGACCUGAAUAGUCAGCCGGGGGAACUCAUGCUAGACUUCAUGACGGAGCAAGAGCAUUUUCACCGGUCCCUCACCCCGGAGAUACGGAAAGGCAUUCUGGACCUGCUCAGGAGCAAGUGCAGCACUGAGAAGGAGGGCAAGGUGAUGUUUAACAGCAACUUGAGCUGCCUACUAGUGCACGCCUGAAGGCUGUUAGUUCAAACAAAUACGAAAUAUAACCUUUGCCAUGUUUGCUUGCAUGAAGUUACCUAAAUUGAUUAUCCCUGGAAAGUGGUUUCCGAGGUGGUUGGGAUAACUUGCAGAAUUUGCAGAGGCUAUUUUGAUGCACAUUGAAUUAGAGAUUUCACUCUGGUAUCUUACUUCCGUUUAUCUAAAAUAAACCUUUUUAUCUGACUGAUAAAUCAA